UUUUCCUGCGUAUGGAAAAGUUAAAUCUGUGCAAAAUUUCCGUACGAUAAUUUGAUAACACUGACAUCGUUAAAUUGCCUUCGAGUUUCAUGAGAAAUACAAAGUAUUUCGAUGUAUUAGAAACAGAAUGACAAAAUGUACCCCCUAACCUUUGGUGGUGGGUAUAAAAAUGUCCAAUUACGAUGAACACUCUCCCAGGGAAUUUAUCAUAAACGUUAUCUGAAACAAAUUGCCUAGUACAUGAGCACUUCAUAAAAAUAAAUAUAAAAAAUUUUUGUUGUUUGUGUCUCUUUCGAGACCAUCUCAAUGAUGAGAUUUUUGCAAUGGAAAAGGAAUUACCGAGAUCGAAACACAAACCAACCAUCAAUAUAACUUCCAAAAAGAUUCACAAGUGGCAAUUGCAACAGCAUUGAAGGCAGUAACAAAACCAAUUCUGGUACGGGAUGACCAUGAGCAGCACACGGGUUGGAACUCUAAUCUACGAUUGUGUGGUGCUCAUCGUCAUUACGAGAAGCUCAACUGGGCGCUUCCACAGGUUGCAGUCUCGCGCAAUCAGCGAUAUCGAAUGGAGAGUCUCAGUGAGAUGCCGGGCGGCCUAUUCUUGUUUAAAUACUGAGUGCCUGUGAUACUCGAUAUGACAAAGCGAGUUAUUGGCGCCUUUAAAUAACCAAUUGCUUACAUGGAGCUUGUUUUAACUUGUUUAACAAACAGCAAAUAACAAAACAGAUAGUUUUUUUUCAGAGAAAGAAGGAGAGAAUGAAAGAAAACAAAAAUCUACUGACAUUUGAUGACAUUUCCAAUCGGCACAUUUGACAUCCUCAAUGAUGUUAUGGGGCCUAUUCACUUUAUGUUUUCGAAUGUGACCUAACCUUCUAUUGGUGAAUCCUGUAUGAACCCGAAGGACGUUGGAAAAAUGGACCAACGUUUUUGCUGAAGGCGGAAUCGUAUUGGCCGAGUGAGGUGCACAAUCAAACGAAAAAGGAUGAAAGAAGAGAAUGCCGUGUCUUAUCUGUGCCGUCAUGUGCAACGUCAACAAUACGAAGACGAACUUGAGGACCUGAAAAAACAACACUCAGUGAGCCAUAGCAGCCAAUUAUUGUCGCUGAAUCCCUUUGUUGGCCAAGAUGGCUUAAUUCGUGCAUCUGGGAGAAUCCAAAAUGCUGCCUUUUUGAAUCUGGAAGCCAGGCAGCCCAUAAUUUUGCCGAAAAAUCAUCGGUUCACCAGGUUAUUGGUGGAAUUCUACCACAGAAAGUUCCUGCACAUCAACACUGCCACUGCUAUCAGCGAAAUACGUCAAAAGUACUGGGUGCCAUCACUGCGUCAACUAUUAAACAACAUCCAGAGCCACUGUUCCGCCUGCAAACUUCGUCGAGCCAGGCCACGUCAACCCCAGAUGUCUGCCUUACCGAUGGAGAGGGUGACCCCAUACGUUCGAGCCUUCACAUACACAGGACUUGAUUAUUUUGGCCCAGUAAGUGUUGGAAUCCGCCGUCAACGUGAGAAAAGGUGGGUUGCUCUUUUUACCUGCUUUACAACCCGUGCCAUCCACCUGGAGAUUGCCACAGACCUAUCCAGCGAUGCUUGCCUGAUGUGUAUCCGCAACUUCAUUAAUAGAAGAGGUGUGCCUGUAUCCAUAAGAAGCGACAACGGGACCAAUUUUGUUGGCAUAGCAAAGGAAUUACAAGGUAUUGAUAUGUUUUUGGAUACUAAUAGUCUCUCUCCAGGUUUGACGGCACUGGGCAUCAAAUGGAUAUUCAACACUCCGUUGAAUCCAAGUGAAGGCGGCGUAUGGGAACGGCUUGUGCAGUCCGUGAAGAAGGCAUUGUACAUCAUGUUGAAGGAGCAGGCUCCAAAGCUCGAAACGCUCCAAUCGUUUCUAAUCGAAGCAGAGAACAUCAUCAAUUCGAGACCCUUGACUUAUCUACCUGUGACUCCCGAAGACCCGGAACCAUUGACCCCGAAUCAUUUUCUGCUUGGGUGCACUAAUUCAACCCAAACUCCGGCACCAUAUGAGCCCAGAUUGAUGUGUCUUCGAAAGCAGUGGCGUGUGGUGCAGAACUUAAAGAACGGCAUGUGGCAUCAAUGGCUGCAUGAAUAUCUUCCUGAGCUGACGAGAAGGACGAAAUGGUGUUUGCCAUCACAACCGUUGGACGUGGGCUGCCUUGUUUUUAUUUGUGACCCAGAUCUUCCAAGAAGCCAAUGGAAAAGAGGGCGUGUCAUCGAGCUCCAUCGCGGCAAAGAUGGUGUAGCACGUUCAGCCGAAGUGCGCACAGAUGUGGGUGUCUACCGCCGUCCUGUUUCCAAGUUGGCCAUACUAGACGUUGAAGACUCUGCUGGUGAAGGUGAAGCCUCCCCCUCUGGGUCAGUUCACGGGGGUGGGGAUGUCGUUUGAGGGCAACCCUGCUCGACGGUAACCCUGUUGUUGCAAAAUGCUGGUGCAACUGACAGCAAUGAAGUACAAUGGCUGAAAUAUCCCAAGCCAAUUUGCAACAUAUCUUCAUUUUGUUUAUUGUUUUUGUUUAUUUUUAAGCCAAUUUUUUUGUAUAAAUAGGCCCUUCUGGCAAAUACUUGUUCUUUUCUAUUCGUGAUACCAAAAAAACAUUGAAUAAACAACACAUUAACGUAAUCUCACACCUUAAACACACACACACACACAUCAAAUGUACAACCCUUAUAUUUAAAAAUACAAAACACAUAUCAAGCAAAAUAAAUAUAUCCAGCAGUUUCAUCAUUUCAAACAUAAA